AUGGAUCCUAAAGGACAGAUGUCCCCUGAAGAAAAAGUUUGUAGGUACUGUGGAGUCAGCUAUCUAAUUCUUCACGAGUUUAAAGCUAUGGAAGAAAAAAUGAAAGCGAUGGAAAAAGAGAUGAAAUUUUAUCAAGGAAGUGUAGAUCGUGAAAAGAGACUUCAAGAAAAGCUACGGUCUCUUAGUCAAGAUUUUGAACAGUACAAAAUUGACAAUGAAUCCAAAACAGAAAGAAUUUGGGAUGUAAGUAUGCAGUUAAAAAGUCAACAAAAUGAAUUGAAGAGAGUACAGAAAGAAUUGAGUCAUUUGCAACAUGAAUUAAAUAUUAAACAGAGACAAUCACAAGCAUUCAGUCAAAGAUUGGUGGAGUACAAAUAUUUGUGGAAUAAGACUCUUUCAUUACUUACUUUUACUAAAAGGGAGCUAACCAUUAUUAAAAAUGAAGUAUACGACAAUUUUCAAAACUGGACUUCACUGAAAGGAGAAGUUUUUCUACAAAUUAAAUCCAUAAGUGAAACAGCCUUGACAGAAAUAGAGAUACUAAAGAAAAGUUUGACAGUGUCCCAGAGAAAUAAGAUGUGCCUUGAAGAGGAAAUGAAAAAUCUGAAAUUGUUGUCAGAUGCAGCCAUACUGAGGUCUCAGCAGAUUCAGACAUCCCAACAACAGGAAGCAAACUUGCAAACCAGAUGCCAUGACUUGGAAAAAGAAGUACUAGGUUUACAAUGUCAAGUAGAGGCACUUGGUCUAAAACAUCAGAAGGCAGUGACAGAGAUUGACAACUAUAAAGAAAAGCUCAUGAAUAAAUCUAAUGAAGCUGAUGACUGUCAAAGAGAACUUAGAAAACUGAAGUUUGAAUCCAUUAUUUCUGAGUCACGGCAUACCAGAUUGCUUAAAGAGAAAGAGGAUUCUUUAAUGGCUUGUCAACAAAUAUAUAAAACUUUACAGGAAGAACUGACUGCGAAAGAAAGACAAGAAGAAGACAUAAAAAGAAGAAUUAACUUUGCAGAAAAUGAACUACAGAUAACCAAAACUCUUCUGCAUAAGACAAAGGAAGAGGUUGUAACGCUGAAAAGUGAAAGGGAAUUAAUGCUGAUUUCACAUCAGAAAAGCAUGGAGCAGCUGCAGGAAACCCUUAGACAGAAGCUGCUGAAUGAUGACAACUGGAGAGAGAAGAUUGAAGCUGAACUUGCCAAGGAAAGAGCCCAGCAUUUAGUUGAGUUUGAGGAGCAAGCUCUGCUUUUUAAAGCAGAAGCUAAACUGGAACUUGAUAUUGAAAAGGGAAAACAUCAAGAAAUAAUCUGUAAAUAUAAGAAAGAACAAGAGGAACUAAAAAUGAAGAUAUCUGAUUUAAUCGCAAGUGCUACUAGAGAUCUAAAGCUGGAAGUGGCCACCCUUGAAGAAAAACUCCAUGAAUCUUGUAUCCGACAUACUGAAGAUUCUGAAUCAAAGGAGAAAGAAAUUGAAAACCUUAAAAAUUUGGUUGCAGAAUUUGAAGCCCGCCUGAAGAAAGAAACUGACAGUAACGAUUCCAUUUCAGAGAACUUGAGGAAGGAAAUGAAGCUGAAGUCAGAUGAGCUAGAUAGAGUAAUGCUGGCACAAACACAACUGAUGCAGCAGUUUAACCAGUCCCAGGAACAGAACACUUUUCUUCAGGAAACAGUGCGCAGGGAGUGUGAAGAACGCUUUGAACUGACACAGGCUUUGAGCCAAGCCAGAGAACAGCUUCUGGAGCUCAGGAAGCUCAGUGGAAGUUUACCUUUGUCGCCGUGUUCCCUUAACCAGGGCAGCCUAACCUCCUCUGCUGCAGUGGUCAGCAGCCAAGGAGAGAGAAGCCUUACAAGACUGAACUCUGGAAAAGGAAUCAAAAUCCCCAGCCUGCAUGGAGUGUCAAAACCCACCACUGCCCCAACCUCAGUUCAACCCAAGAGGGUCAGCAGCUCAGGUUUGCCUACUUUCCCCCAGCCCCAUCCUCCCAGGGGUCGAGCAUCUUCCGUAAAUGAGACCGGACAAAGACUGACUGCCAUUCUGAGGAGGAGACUAAAUCAGCAGUGA